GGGACAGACAGAGUCCAGAGUCCCUGUCACCAUCUCUUCUCCCCACCCAAAGCAAGAUGCAGUUUCCAUGACAACCUGGCCGGCCAGAGAGGGGGCAGGGCACUGCAGAGGAAACAUGCCACAUCCGCAGGGAGAAAGAGGGUGUGCUGCAGGGGAAAGAGGGGCACGCAGGGCCCAGAACCCCCGGUCACCAUGCUCACUGUGCUGGACCCGGGAAAGUGGACAGAGCACAGGGAAGGGUUCUCCCGCCUCCACUCCCGCAGGCCACGCCCCCCACGCUGCGCCUGCGGGGAAGGGGGAAGACUGAGCCCAGAGGCUCAAGGGUCAGAUGUCCAAAGAGCGGCGGCUGCCCAGGACUUGUGCAGGGGGCAGCGAGCAGCCCAGGGAGCCGGGCCGCAGACACCGCACUCAGGGCCAUGGCCGACAGGGGCCCGUGGAGGGUGGGCGUGGUGGGCUAUGGCCGCCUGGGACAGUCCCUUGUCUCCCGCCUCUUGGCUCAGGGACCAGAACUUGGCCUAGAACUUGUUUUUGUCUGGAAUCGUGACCCAGGACGAAUGGCAGGGAGCGUGCCCCCUUCCCUGCAGCUGCGGAACCUUGCUGUCCUUGGGGAAAGGCACCCUGAUCUGGUUGUGGAAGUGGCCCAUCCCAAAAUAAUCCAUGAAUCUGGGGCACAAAUCCUGCGCCAUGCCAAUCUCCUGGUGGGGUCCCCCUCAGCUCUAAGUGACCAGACCACAGAGCGGCAGCUCUUGGAGGCCUCACAGCACUGGGACCACGCCGUGUUUGUGGCCCGAGGGGCCCUGUGGGGCACUGAGGACAUCAGGAGAUUGGAUGCAGCUGGGGGCCUCCAGAGCCUUCGUGUCACCAUGGCCACACACCCCGAUGGCUUCCGGCUCGAGGGACCCCUGGCUGCAGCCCACAGCACUGGGCCUUGCACUGUGCUCUACGAAGGUCCUGUCCGUGGGCUCUGCCCCUUUGCCCCCCGAAAUUCCAACACCAUGGCGGCAGCUGCCCUGGCUGCCCCCAGCCUGGGCUUCGAUGGGGUGAUUGGGGUGCUUGUGGCUGAUCUCAGCCUCACGGACAUGCACGUGGUGGAUGUAGAGCUGAGCGGACCCCGGGGCCCCACGGGCCGAAGCUUUGCUGUGCACACCCACAGAGAGAACCCUGCCGAGCCAGGCGCGGUCACCGGCUCCGCCACCGUCACGGCCUUCUGGCGGAGCCUCCUGGCCUGCUGCCAGCUCCCCUCCAGGCCGGGGAUCCAUCUCUGCUAAGAAGCCUCCUCCUUCCCGAGACAGGAUCAUCUGCCUGGCUUCUCACCACCACCAUCCCACCCCUGCCCUGUCCCACUUCCCCAGGGUCUCCCUUCUGACUCAGUAAAGAUCACCCCUGCCUCCCCCUGCA